AUGGUGCUCGCUGUAAGCAUCGUCUUGGCUCUCAUCUUGUUUCUCCUGUGCGGCUGGCCUCGUCGCUUCGAUCGAUUAAACACAUACAAGGAUUGUACGGCGCGGCCGAAGAAUGACGAGCUGAGCUUUCAAGAUAACAUUGAUUCUGGAAAUGCCGUGCAAUGCGCUCGGCAGUUCAUCUAUCUAGUGAUGGAAGGAGCGUGGGGCCAGCAAGAUCGUCGUGCCAUCAAAAAACGCCUCUAG